AUGUCCGCUCAAACAGUCACAUUUCAGCGUCAGUCGACAGAACCCGCCAGUGUCGUCCGGAUUUACCGCCAUGAGGCGGUAGGUGACACCCCAAUCCCCUCGGACUCGGUACUGAUUAAGCUCCUGGCUGCUCCUGUGAACCCCCAGGAUCUUUUGGUGAUUGCCGGCCGGUAUCCCGUUCAACCACAUUAUCGCUAUAACGAUGAACCUAUCCCAGGAUACGAUGGGGUGGCUCGUGUUGAACGCGUCGGCACGGAUGUGGACGCGUUAAAGCCCGGAGACCAUGUUAUCCCACGCGCCCAUGGCUUGGGAACUUGGCGCACGGAAGCCGUUGUUCCCGCGACUGCCUUGCUGAAAGUGUCAAAAAGUCUGGAGCCUACAACUGCCAGCUUAUUGAAGACGGGAUGCUCAACGGCAUACCUUCUGUUAGAGAGCUGUCCCUCCCUUGUUCCAGGAGACUGGGUCGUUCUGAAUGCCGCAACAGGUUGGAUUGCGCGUAUGGUGGUGCAGUUUGCACUCCUUAAGGGCUGCCCGAGUCUAUGUGUGAUUCGAGACCGUGAUGAUGUUGAAGCCACACGACAGUCACUUCUUAAUCAGGGAGCACGUGUGGUUGUAACUGAGUCUGAACUCGCCAAAGAAGGCCCAGCCGCGAUCGCGGCCGGGAAGCGUAUCACUCUCGCUUUGGAUGCAGUCUUUGGGCAAUCUGGCCAACGACUCGCUGCCAUGCUCGCCCCCGGGGCUACCUUCAUCAAUUAUGGGUCGCUGGGAGGAGCCGGCGGGGAACUAGUGCUGAGCCAGGAACUCAUAUUUUGGAAGCAAAUCACUUUCAAAAACUUCAGACUGUCCCAAGCGCUGAGUCAGUACACAGAGGCCGCGCAGAUUGACCUCCUCUCGUGGUUCACUGACCUCUUUGAAGAGGGCAAGAUCAUAGCACCAGUAAUCAGUCGCGUGGAUUGGGUAGAGGAGGAUGGUGGAUGUCUCGAGAAGAAGGUCCAGUCGGUUCUGAGCAGGGUCAGUGGCAAGGUAGCACCGCCUGUUGGCUGCACUAAGCAUGUCGUGCAAUUCUGA